AUGCUGAUUUUUGGAGGAGCAAAAAAGGUGAAUGUAAGUCAUGUGAUUCACGAUUUGUCUUUUGGACCAAAGUAUCCAGGGAUCCAUAAUCCUCUUGAUGGAACUGCAAGGAUACUAGAUGAUACAAGUGGAACGUUCAAGUAUUAUAUAAAGAUUGUUCCAACGGAAUACAGAUACCUCUCUAAAGAAGUGUUGCCUACAAACCAAUUUUCUGUCACAGAAUACUUUGUGCCAAUGCGUGACUUUGAUAGGUCAUGGCCAGCUGUUUUCUUCUUGUAUGAUCUGUCACCUAUUACGGUGACAAUAAGAGAAGAACGACGUAGUUUUCUUCAUUUCCUAACUCGGCUAUGUGCCGUGCUUGGUGGCACAUUUGCUUUAACAGGUACAUGCUGAUC